AUGUCUUCUCCUCAGCCCCAGAUGGUCGCCCAGCAGAUGACUGCCGAGGCCCCGGCGCGAGUUAGCUCCGAGCAGCCGCGUCCCGUUGAGCCUAUGAGCGUGGAGGGAGAGGCUCCCAACAUGCGUGGUGGUGGUGAGGGUGAAAUCUGCUGCGGUAUCUGCGCCGGUAUCGCCUGCUUCGAGUGCUGCGAAUGCUGCUGUUAA